AUGGUUCAUUUUCCAGCUCUCCAUGGGUAAGUUACGUCUGCGUAGAUGAGUAUAUGUUACUAGAACUCCGUUAAACAAUAUGUCAAUGUCGGAAAUGUCGAAAUUGGUAAGGCAAGAAGUUUCUCAGUACGCAGAAGCAAGAGUAGAUGGUAUAAUUUUUGAAAAUAUGCAUGAUGUGCCUUAUAUUAUGUCGCGUAAAAUUGGACCAGAGAUUGUCGCGGCUGUAACACGUUUAUGCGCUGAUGGAGUUGAUGUUUUGGGUGUCGAUAGAAAAAAGUUCCUGCUGGGAGUGCAAGUGCUGGCUCAAGGAAAUAGGGAGGCAAUCGCGGUCGCGCAAAGCACAGGCAAGUUUACACUUUAAAAACAGUCUGGCGUCCCUAUAUUAAAAAAGUAGUUUUAAAAUAUUUUAAAGCAAUGACUUGAAAUGGUAUUUAGGCAAUUUAAUGAAAUUUUGUAGGACUAGACUUCAUCCGAGCAGAAUGUUUUGCCUUUUCACACAUAGCUGAUGAGGGAUGGAUGGACGGUUGUGCUGGUGACUUGCUACGUUAUAGGCGGCAAAUUAGUGCAGACAAUAUUGCAAUUUUUACAGACUUAAAGAAGAAACACAGCUCGCAUUCUGUGACGGCAGAUAUUACUUUAGGUGACUCCGCAAAAGCUGGAGAUUUUUUUUUGGCUGACGGAUUUAUUGUUACUGGACACGCUACGGGUGAACCUGCUAUUCCCAAAGACUUUUCAGGUAAUAUUGUUUAUAAUUUUAUUGGUUUUUAUUUUUUUUUAUUAAAUGCAAAUUCAUAGCACAAAUUUUUGAAUUUAAACAAAUUACUUUAGAUGUUAAGAAAGCGGCAAAACUUCCAGUGUUAAUAGGAUCAGGUGUAACUUUGGGAAAUUGGAGAGAAUACGUUAAUUCAAACGGAUUUAUUGUGGGAUCUCAUUUUAAAAUCAAUGGAGAUUGGAGGAACCCGAUUUCUGUACCAAUUGUAAAAGAGUUUAUGAAAGAUGUCAAAACAUAUGGGGCUUCAGCUAGAAAUGAUCAUAAAGCCAAGGAGGUACUUUAA